AAAUAUGCAUUCGGUGUGGUGCAUGCUCAUGGAGCGAUUUGGAAAGAGCGUGGAUUGCUGACCGCUCAGGUAAAACAGAUAAAACAUGCUGAAGAAAUUUUAAAAUUGUUAGAGGUGGUAAAACAACCAGAAAAGGUAGCUAUCAUGCAUUGUCGGGGACACCAAAAGGGGAACGCUGAUUUUGAAAUUGGAAAUCGAUUGGCAGAUCAAGAGGCUAAGCAGGUAGCUGGAUUAACUGAAGUGAAGGCAUCAUCUUUGAUACAAGAUGGUAAAGUUCAAACUAUAUACAUAAACCAAAAGCCAAAUUAUACAAAAGAAGACUUAAAAUUAAUUGAAGAUUUGAAAGGUAAAAUGAAACCAGAUGGAUGGGUAUAUUUAAAAGAUAACCGAGUAGUAAUACCCUCUAAUUUGAUAUGGCUCACAGUUCUUACAGAACACAAUAAAACACAUUGGGGGGCUGACACAUUGCAUAAGAGCCUGAGUCAGACAUUAGUGGGACAAAAUUUAUAUGCAACGAUAAAACAAGUAACUCGACAAUGUAGCAUUUGUUUACACAACAACCCCAAUACCAAGAAUAAAAUAAAAUUUGGAAUAAUUGGUAAAGGAAAUUAUCCGGGACAACAGUGGCAAAUUGAUUUUUCAGAACUCCCUAGAAAAGGGGGGUAUCGUUAUUUAUUGGUUCUGACUGACACAUUUUCAGGAUGGCCCGAAGCCUUUCCCUGUCGAGCAAACAAAGCAAGAGAAGUGGUUAAAGUCUUGUUAAAUGAAAUAAUACCACGCUUUGGGAUUCCAGUAGCAGUGGAAUGUGAACCUGAUAGAGGUUCACAUUUUUGUGUGCAAGUGGUACAACAGAUAAGUAAGAUUCUAAAGAUAUUAGCAUUACUUAGAAUUAGAGUUAAACCUAGAGUAAAGGAGAAUUUGAGUCCCUUUGAAAUCUUAUAUGGGAGGCCGUAUCAAUUUCUAUUUAGUGGAGAGGAUCUAACACAGUUAGGAUCAGAAUAUUUAUAUGCUUAUAUAACUGAACUUCAGAAACAAUUAAAUAAAGUACAUAAAUUGAUUUUAGGGACCAGGGCUAGAGGGUUGGAUCAACCAAUCCACCCCUUUAAGCCCAGGGAUUAUGUAUAUAAAUAAAGAUUUUUUCAG